AUGAAGCUCUCUGCUGCACUGAGCAUCCUCACAGACCUCAGAUUCGCAAUCCAAGUAGCCAUCCUCCCCACCCUCCGCGCAAUCCUCCAUUCCCCCUGCCUUCUCCUCUGUCCCCAUGCCCUCUCACGCACCUUCAUGGCAAACCUCUGGGUCGCCUUUGGCCCAGGGACAGACGAAAACGGACGUCCAACAAAACAACGUCUUAUCACUCCAAAUGCAUACGGCGUUGUCCUAGAUCUCGGCGCAGGUCACGGACAUACUGUAAACUACCUCAACCGCGCUAGGAUCUCAAAAUACGUUGCCUUGGAGCCCAACACACUCAUGCAUCCGCACAUACGUGCUCUGGCCAAUGAGGCGGGGUACCACGAAUCAGACGGGACACUCAUCAUCCUCUCCUGCGGCGCAGAACACACAUCCACCAUCCUCUCCUUAGGCGCCCCAGUAGACACCAUCAUCUCAGUGCUCACACUAUGCACCAUUCCCAAUCCCCAAAACACGUUAAAAACCCUCGUACGAGAUGCACUUAAACCGGGGGGCCAGCUGCUCUACUAUGAACACGUGUUGAGCCCCCGGGCGGACGUCGCGUGGUGGCAGAGAUUCUGGGCUCCGUUGUGGGCUAUCAUAUUCGAUGGAUGUAAGAUGGAUAGACCGUCUCAUUUGUGGAUUGCGGGACUCAAAAGGACGCACGAUGGGGAAGAGGAAUCGGUGUGGAGGGAGGGUAGUGUAUGGGGGAAGGAGGGCGAGCCGGAGGAACAUCUGUUUUGGCAUAGGGUGGGGAGGUAUGUGAAGCGCUAG